AUGAAGUUGGAUGCGAAAGCUCUUCGAUACAUGUCCUCGGAGGAGUUUCGAGUAUUGACUGCGGUGGAAAUGGGAUCGAAAAAUCACGAAGUUGUACCGACCUCGUUGAUUGCUCAGAUUGCUCAGUUACGCCAUGGUGGAAGUCAUAAAAUUGUGGGCGAUCUUGCCAAACGGAAAUUGAUUGCGAGAGUCCAAAAUAUGAGCUAUGACGGUUAUCGUUUAACUUAUGGUGGUUACGAUUACCUUGCAUUAAAGACAUUUGCCAAACGAGGCUCUGUCUAUUCCGUUGGCAAUCAGAUCGGUGUUGGUAAAGAAUCAGAUAUUUACUUGGUGGCGAACGAGGACGAACAGCAGUAUGUGCUGAAAUUGCAACGUUUGGGUCGUGUGUCUUUCCGAACGAUUAAAUCAAAGCGUGAUUACUUGCAAAAGCGAAAGUCGGCUUCAUGGAUGUACAUGUCACGAUUGGCCGCCAUGAAGGAAUUCGCUUUUAUGAAAGUCCUUUACGAAAACGGAUUUCCUGUACCAGAGCCCAUCGAUAUUAGCCGACAUUGUGUCGUCAUGGAGUUGAUCGAUGCCUUUCCUCUUCGACAGGUGGAGGAAGUGGCCAAUCCCGGAAAACUGUAUUCCGAAUUAAUGAAUUUGAUCAUCAAGUUGGCGGACUAUGGUCUUAUUCACGGCGAUUUCAACGAGUUCAAUUUGCUCAUUAAAAGCGAUGGCACCCCUAUUUUGAUUGAUUUCCCCCAAAUGGUGUCUACUUCGCACAUUAACGCUGAAUAUUACUUCAAUCGUGACGUCGAAUGUAUUCGCACAUUUUUCCGUCGUCGGUUCGGUUACGAGAGCGCAUUGUAUCCCAAGUUCAAGCUGGAUGUGAAUCGAGAAUUUAGCUUGGAUGUCCAAGUGGCCGCCAGUGGUUUCAGCAAGAAGAUGCAGGAUGAACUGGAAACGUAUCAAGAAGAAUUGAAACAAGGAGAAGACGAUGGAGAAGAAGAAGAAGAAGAGGAGGAGGACGAUGAUACGGAUUACGACGAAGACGAGGCAUCGCAUGUCAAUAAUGGCCACGUUGACAAAAAGUCAUCGCCAACAGAGAUACCCGCUCCUCUGAGCGAAGAAGACAAACUUCAGAUCAAGCUUCAGAAUAUGCGUCUUGGCAAUACCGAGCCUGUAGAGGAAGAGGAAAGUGAAGAGGAAGAAACAGAGGAGGACCGUGAUUACUCCGAAGAGGAAGAAGAUGAAGCGGAAGGGCAUGAUCGCGGUUCAUUUGAUGACGAUGGAGAACCGGUUCGUCUGAACAACCGCGAAUAUCAGGCACACCGAGACACGGAAUCGAAACCGCGCAAGAAGACGACGGGAACGGCAUUGACGGAGGACGCUAUCAAGGACCGUGUGUCUCGAUCGUUGCGCAGCCAGGCCAAUCGACAAAACUAUAGACAACACGUACGAAGGAACCAAGUGAAAGGCAAAGAGAAGCGAAAAAAUAGAGAUAUUGUGAAAUCUGCCAAAGGCGGCAAUGGCGGUAUUUUUGAUUAA